AUGUUCAGAACGGCUGCCAUUCGCGCAUCGCGCUCAUUUUCCACCGCUGCCCUCGGUGCCAGGGUUUCUGCUCCGAUCGCUGUUGUUGCCCGACCAACAUGUGUGCGUGCGGUGCUCCCGGCAAUGCCCUUCGCCGCCAUCAGGUCCUACUCGGCGCCGGCUAAGUUGUCCAAGGACGAGGUUGAGGGGAGGAUAAUUGAACUGCUCAAGGGGUUCGAUAAGGUCACCACGGACACUAAGGUCACUGGUACUUCUCACUUUACGAACGACCUUGGCCUGGAUAGUCUCGAUACUGUCGAGGUCGUCAUGGCCAUUGAGGAGGAAUUCAGCAUUGAGAUCCCCGACAAGGAGGCCGAUGCUAUCCAGGGUGUCGAGCACGCCGUCAACUACAUCGUGUCUCAGCCCGAUGCUAACUAA